AAUAAAAAACUUAGCACUCUUCGUACGGUGAACAUAAUUUCUCCAGUUCCAGGAUGGCAGAGUCUAGCUAGCCUUAUAUUGUCAAGUCUUCUCCUGGUCUUUUUGCCUCCUUCUCCACUCCACUUCCACUUCUCUCUGCAUUUCUCAAGAAAACAUGUCACAAACAUGGUUACACAUCUUCUAUCUCUUCAAUUCAAUCCUUCUUAUUUUCUCCAUCUUUUACAUUACACGAAUCUUUGAACUUCUAUUCUUUAAAGAAGUCAACGACUAUAAUGAUCUCACCAUGAUACCAGAACCAUUCAUCCCAAUGCCACCGGUCGAUUGUAAGAAUGAGAAAUCUUUAUUUGAUGAGAAGGAUGUGGUGGUGCUGACGCAAAAUAAUUUCAGCGAAUUUGUUGCUGCAAAUCAAUAUGUGAUGUUGAAUUUGUAUGCUCCAUGGUGUGUUUGGAGUCAGAGGUUAGCCCCAGAAUACGCUGCUGCUGGUACCAUGCUAAAAGGUGAGGCUGUUUUUGCAAAAAUAGAUGCUACCAACGAAAUAGAAUUGGGGAAGAUGUUCAAGAUUAAGGAGUAUCCUACAAUGUAUUUAUUAGUCAACGGAGGAGUUCAAAUGGUUACGUAUGAUUUAACUGAUGAAAGGACUAGUGAUGCUAUUACAACUUGGGUGAGGCAGAAGAUGAGCCUUGCUGUCCAAAACGUGACAACAAUUGAGGCGGCUGAGAGAAUAUUGGCAGCAAGAUCUGUUUUAGUGAUGGGAUUCUUCGGUACUUUAGAGGGUUCUGACAGCGAGGAGCUUGCUGCGGUGGCAAAGCAGCAUAUUGAUGUCAACUUCUAUCAAACUGCUAAUGCUGAGGUUGCAAGGCUUUUCCAAAUCGACCCACAAAUCAAACCACCUGCCUUGGUCAUGCUGAAGCUGAAGUGGAUGACAAGAAAUCAUAACCAUUUUGGUUUUGAUUGUCAAUUCACUAGAUCAGAAAUAUCAAACUUUGUAUCCGAAAGUAAACUUCCUUCGGUGAUCACUUUCUCAGAAGAAGAUGCUCCCAACAUAUUCAAAAAUCCUAUGAAACACUGUGGCUUUUUGCUGCUACAUAUCCUAAGGAGGUGUUAGCCCCAUUCAUAGAGGCAGCAGAUCAUCUCAAAGGGAAGCUUCUCUUUGUCCAUGUAGAAACUGAAUAUAAUUCUAUGCAAAGGCGAGUUUCUUAUGAAUUUGGCGUUGCUGAAGGUCUUCCAACACUUGUAGGGUAUACGGCGAACGGAGCCAAUAAGCAUGUAUAUAACAGUGAUUUGUCUUUCAAUGGUAUCAAGGCAUUUGCAGAGAAGUUUUUGGAAGACAAGCCUCCUAGCCAACCAUCUUCAAAUCCAGAUAACGUUAUUAAACUCCCAUUCCGUACUCAUAACUCCGGUCCAACUUCCACCGGAUGGGCAUUCUAGGCAAUAACUUUGAUAAAAAGGUUGUAAUAAAAACAGAUGAUUUACUGUUCUGUUAUAAGUAAUUAUACUGCAUCGUAGAACAAGAUUUGAUACAUUUAAGGUGUUGUACGACCUCAUAUUUCACUGCUUUUGUUCUUGAAAGAGUAAGAUAUAGACAACCCGGAUAUGAAUAUGAUAUGCUGAGAAGGACAGUCAUUUGCAGAA